AUGGCGGGCAUAGCGUCUAUCGUUUCAUCCAAUGUGGCUGGCCACUCGAAAAAGGUUGCCGUCAGCACAGUCUUUCUCAUUGGAUACUGUGCUGGAAAUAUGAUUGGGCCCCAAACAUUUGUUGAGGCGCAGGCUCCUACUUAUAUUGGUGCUAAGACCGCGAUGCUGGUGUGUUAUUGUGUUGGGGCAGCCGCUAUGGCAGCAAUGUACUUGAUAUACUACGCGAGAAACCGAGAACGGGGCGAACCACCAGCCGAGAGUGGAGACCUCGCUUUUGCAGAUCUGACGGACAAGCAAAAUCCCGAUUUUAGAUACGAGCUCUAA